CUAUUAGGAAAAGGGAAAGGAAAAGUAAUAAUUAUAUAGGGAGAAGAAUUAGGAUGAAGGCUUCCCAAAUACAUUUGAUAAAUGUGAGGAAUUGUUGAACAAUAAUUUGGCUGAGUUCAGUCCACCACUGUUAACCAAUUUCAACUCUCUUUCUCCCUUUUUCUGGGAAUCACUUUGAAAAAGUUUUGUUUAUCUUCUCCAGAUUCUCUUCUCAUCUCCUCGGUUCUUGUUUUCGCCAUUAAAAGGGUCUGGGUUUCCUUGUUCAAAAGUUUCGAUUCACAACCAUGGUCGCCAAAUACGGUUCCUUCAAGCAGAGUUUUGCCGAGAAGAGGGAGAAGCUUCUUUCGGCUAAGGAAUUUCCAGACCUGGGUUUCAGCGCCAUUGAAACCAUUCAUGAGAAUCCUUCCUGUUGUUCCUCUGUUCAUCACAGAAUCUCUUAUCUAUGGAGCUCCGUUCAGGAUGUUCUUUACAAGGCUUGGCAGAUGGGUGUUUCCGACCCUAGGAAGAUCGUUUUCUCUGCCAAGAUGGGUCUCGCUUUAACGCUUAUUUCUUUGUUGAUCUUCUUCAAACAGCCCGUGGAAGAGCUCAGCCGCUACUCUGUUUGGGCCAUUCUCACUGUCGUUGUUGUCUUCGAAUUUAGCAUUGGAGCAACUCUAAGCAAAGGAUUGAACCGUGGAAUCGGUACACUUUCAGCUGGAGGUCUUGCGUUGGGAAUGGCAGAAUUAUCAGUUCUUGCAGGAGAGUGGGAAGAGGUUGUGGUUGUUAUCAGUAUCUUUAUAACAGGAUUCUUUGCUACUUAUGCUAAGCUGUAUCCCACCAUGAAGCCUUAUGAAUAUGGAUUUCGAGUCUUCUUGUUGACGUACUGUUUCAUAAUGGUGUCGGGAUAUAGAACUCGAGAAUUUAUCCAUACAGCCGUGACGCGAUUCUUGCUCAUUGCACUUGGCGCUGGAGUGUGUUUGGUUGUAAACAUAUGCAUUUACCCCAUUUGGGCUGGUGAGGAUCUACAUAAUCUAGUAGUUAAAAACUUUGCAGGCGUGGCAUCAUCCUUAGAAGGAUGUGUUGAUAGCUACCUUAAUUGUGUUGAGUAUGAGAGAAUACCGUCAAAAAUCCUUACCUACCAAGCAUCUGAUGAUCCAUUGUACAAAGGCUACAGGUCAGCUAUGGAAUCUUUGAGUCAAGAGGAAACUCUGAUGGGAUUUGCAAUCUGGGAACCGCCUCAUGGUCGUUACAAGAUGCUUAAAUAUCCGUGGAAAAAUUAUGUUGAAGUAGCUGGUGCACUGAGGCAUUGUGCCUUUGCUAUCAUGGCAUUACAUGGAUGUAUACUUUCAGAAAUACAGGCCUCAGCAGAAAGACGACAGGUGUUUGGCAAUGAGCUUCGGAGGGUAGGUUACGAAGGUGCUAAAGUGUUGCGUGAGCUUGGAAACAAGUUAAAGAAAAUGGAGAAAUUGGAUUCAGCAGCCAUACUCUCUGAGGUACAUGAUGCUGCAGAAGAGCUGCAAAAGAAGAUCGAUGCAAAAUCCUACCUUCUAGUCAAUUCAGAGAGCUGGGAAAUCGGCAAUCGUCCCGAGGACGUAGGACAGCCCCAAGAACUACUCAACUUGGACGAUGAAGAAACAAGGUUUCGUGAAUACAGGUCACUCAGUGAAGCUGUCCUUGAUCUCAGGGCCUUCCCUAUCCCAAAAAGCUGGGACGACAAUAUGUCAUCAGACAUCAACUCUGUACAAUCUGCUGCAUUCCCUCCCACAAAAAUGUUCAAAAAACUGGGAUCAUGGCCUGCACAGGUAUCAGCCAAACCAAAUGGAGUUAUCCAGGAAGAAGAAUCGAAAACAUAUGAAAAUGCAAGUGCAUUGUCAUUAGCUACAUUUACUUCUCUGUUGAUUGAAUUUGUGGCAAGGCUGCAAAACCUUGUCGACUCCUUUGAAGAGUUGAGUGAGAAAGCAAAGUUUAAUGACCCUAUGGAAUGGGAAGCAUUAAAAGCUCCUGGGUUUUGGACAAGGUUGUGCAACUGCUUUAAGUUAUAGAAUAUGUUAGAUUGAUAGAGUCUUAGCCAAAGAUGUUGGGAGGAUGAAUCCCGAUGAGUUAGAUUCGUUACAUACUAAUCUCAUUAUGUUAUAGAAUACAGUGUAAAAAAGUUUAAUAUGCAUUUAGAGCCAUUAGGACAAUUGAUGUAAAUGUAAAAUAUGAAUACAAAUAGUGAUGGUAGUGAAAUCAAAUCUUCCCUUUGAACUUAA